AUGUUCGCGGGCCUCAAGCAGCGCAAGGGGAAGGGGCCGGCCAAGGGGGAGGGGGUGCACUGCUACGGGAGCGUCAGGGCCAAGCCGCCGGCGACGCCGACGCCGGCGCGCUCUAAGCGGCACCAGAGGCGUCGCUCGGAGCCGGGUGUAGUCCCGUCGAUUGUGGGCUUCGCGAAGGAGUCCGUGGCCCACGAGGCGGACAGGCUCGCGCCUGGCGACAGGAUCUGCAGCGUGAACGGCAUCUCCACGGCGCGGCUGACCAACGAUGAGGUUCUCCGGCUGCUGGACAACGUGGAGGAGCGCGCGUCGCUCGAAGUGGAAUACUACAUGCCUAAUUAUGCCUCGCAAAACUCGCUUUACAUCACGACGAAGUUAGCGGAGGUGCCAGUGGAGAAGAUCAACGGUUCGCUGGGCGUGACUAUUAGGGGCGGUCUGCCAGAGAACUCAGCGCCGAGUGCCGAUCUGGUGUUGAACAGCAGAUCCUUGGACGCGUUACCCCUCGUCGUGACCCACGUGCGACCAGGCGGCGCCGCUUACAACACGUCUAGGAUAAAGCCAGGCGACAGGCUACUGAAGGUGGACCAUAUAUCAUUAACGAACAAAACUUUAUCGGAAGUAUAUCAGAUCCUGCAGAACUGCCCUCAGAUAACCAGUCUCACAAUAGAGUACGAUGUAUCGAUAAUGGAAUCGGUAAAAUUGGCGACUGGACCCCUGUUAAUAGAAAUAGAAAGGCCGUGCAAUGAGGACUUGGGAUUAUUCCUUAGCAAUCAACGAUAUUCUGACGACGUCUACAGUUCUGGUUCGGACACUUACCAGAGGGUUGGGUCUUGUAACGCUAUAUACAUCGACAGCAUACUUCCGGCGAGUAUUAGUGACCGAUGUGGCGCGUUACACCCGGGUGAUCAGCUGUUGGCUUUCGACGAUCAUGUGAUCGACGGGAACAACUACACAGCUGAGGAGGUGAUGUGCUACUUGGAGAACUGUGACGCUGGCUUCACUAGGCUGCAUGUUGCGCCCAGACACGUACUCGCACACGGUGGCAGAUAUACUAGAGAAAAUUCAAUAUCUGGAGCGUCGACCUUGAACACUAAAAAGCGCCAAAGGAAUUACAGGCAGAGCUCGAUGCCAAAACUAGGCAUACAAGACGACUACGACAACCAGCAAAACUAUAUGAACUUGGGGGUUUGUCGGACUGAGUCUUUAAAUAUACAGUUGGAUGUACCGCCCGGUCAGAGCACCGGUUUAGCUGUCCACGAAGAAAACUCAAUGCUGGUUAUAUCACACGUAAUACCUCAGUCACCUGCUUAUAGAUCGGGUUGCUUGCAAAUUAGAGAUCGUGUGAUGUCAAUCAACGGCCACGAAAAUCUCACACUGGACGUGGCAAACGAAAUUUUACAAAGGAGAAAUGAUUCUCAUAACCCUAAAUAUCUAAAUUUAAACGUGGAGUUCAGUAUGCCAAAUACAAUCGAGGCAUCCAGUGGCGUGUUCAGCGUUAAACUUGCAAAGACUUCCGCAGGACUCGGAGUCACAAUAACUGGUUGCAAGCAAAAGUUACUAAGUAACGAAGAGCCAAUGAUGAUAUCCGACAUAAAGCCUGGUUCAGUUGCUCACCGGAGUGGAGCUCUCGCCCCGGGGGAUCAACUGCUGGCAAUAAAUGGACAACCGUUACAUAAUUUAUCUUUGGAUACAGCAUUCAAUAUUCUCCAAAACUCUCCCGAUGACAUUAUCACUCUGAAAGUUCGAAAGCGCGAUCUCAAUGAAGACUGGUCCAAUGUUCACAAACACAAUCCGAAGUUGACCCUACAAAGCUUUAGUAACAUAGAAACGAAAGCCGUGAUCCACAGUGGCGAUGAUUCCGGCCACCACACCGACAGUCCAAAUAACAGUGCCAAAGAAAGCGAACGGAGUCAUGCUAGUAGCGAUAACGGGAACACGGCCGUUUUCAUUGUUGAAUUAAUAAGACAAGAAAACGGCCCACUUGGUUUGACAAUUGCCGGCAGUGAAGACGUCACGCAGCCAAUUUUACUAAGCGGCCUCGUAGAAGGUGGAUUAGCAGAAAAAUGUGGGAAACUGGCCAUUGGAGAUGAAUUGUUAAGUAUUAACGGCGAGAGUGUACUCAACAAGCCAUUAUCUGAAGCUAUCAAAUUACUGCAACAAAGCGGACUGAGAGUGCAAUUGCAGUUUUGCCGAAAAGUUACAGGACCCUUGGAGAGCGCGGAAACCAGUGCAAGGGAUUCCAGUCAUUCUACCUCAAGUCCCGGUUUAUCUAACGACAGCGCUGUCGAAUCCUGGGAUCAAAAUACACCCAUUAGGACCAGUGCAAACUGUGUUAAUUCUGAGAUGGGCCCAUAUGGGAUCGUCUCACCGAAAAGUAGGAGGGCGAACUGGGAAAACGAUUACCUCAACAGCGGAAUAUACACGGUCACUACUCCCCAGAAGUCACCACUCAAGCCUCCUGGAACUCCUGGAACAAGUUUUCAAUUUUCUACUAGUCCCAUCUAUGAAAACGAAGUACCAGGCCUAUAUAGCAGCGAGACCUUGUCUCCGGCGAGGGGAUCGGUUCACCACGUUAUUUUGUACAAAGAUGCCAUCUACGACGAUUACGGUUUCUCCGUGUCCGACGGGCUGUAUGAGCGCGGUGUGUACAUUAACCGGAUCAGAAAGGGCGGGCCGGCUGACAUCGUCGGAUUAUUGAGGCCCUACGAUAGGAUUUUGCAGGUGAACGGAACACGGACAGUGGAUUACGACUGCUGUCUAACUGUACCAUUAAUAGCCGCGGCAGGAGAUAGACUAGAGAUUGUGGUUCAACGGCUAGUCACGUCGAAAGACCUCAAGUCUCAGCGAUCCGACGACAGCUCCAGCCCCAGCGAAAGUAGUAUCGUGACAAAGACCAUU